AUGAAUGUCAGCUUUCUACUGUUCUUCCAGAACACGCAACCCGGGGAAAGUAUUGUUGUUCUGGAGGACGGAAUCAAGCUGCUGCUGAAGGUUCACCCCUUCCUCGCAGGGGAUGUGACUCGCCGGACAGAUUUCGGCCAAAGCAAGUCUAUUUGGCAGAUUGAGCCAGAAGCCCCAGAAUCGCUUGUCCAGUUCCCUAUGCUCCAGACCCAACAUUUCCAAGCAGAGUCGAUCAAGAAGCUCCGUUCAAAAUGCCUUCUCACGGGCGCCGAGGAACAGGAGAUCAUCAGUCGGCUGACCCCGUUGCCCAUCGACAUGAAUAUUUCGUUGCCCCGAAGGCCGAUUUUACGCUUCCAAGCAAAUGUUAUGUGUGAUGGGAUCAUUCUCGCCAUGACGUUUCACCAUUCUGCAAUGGAUGGCGCAGGCGCUUCGAGAGUCUUGGGACUUCUGGCCGAUUGCUGCAGGGACCCAACGGCGACGGCUUCUGCAAGUGUGCCACUGGACCGGCAAUUACGAUCGGAGAUUGAGCGUCUUGUCUCAGAAAGCAGUUCUGGUUCUUUGAGUAAGGAUUUCAGCCAGUACUAUUGCGGCCUCGGGGAUUGGGCCGCACUCCUUGCCGAGAAUUGGUCGAGAUUCCUUCGGACGAGGGCCCCGGAGCUUGUGACCUGGCGGGUGACGAUUCCUGGUUCGAAGAUCCAGUAUUUGAAGGAAGCCUGCAAUGCCUUGAUAAGGGAUGAAACGUUUCUCCAGGCCGAUGGUAGGCCGAGUCCCGGCUUCCUGUCCAACAACGACAUUGUGAGCGCUCUGAUGGCCAUGAUACUUCGACAAGCGGGACAAUUGGCUGGUAAAUCUACCGAGCUGUCACUUGCGGUGGACAUGCGCGGCAGUUUCCAUACACCAGCCUUUGACGACUAUCUGGGAAACAUGGUGCUACUAACAUACACGCCAAUCUCACCCGGGAGAAAUGAGGUCCCCGUAGAUGGCGCAGAUCCUCUGAUGGGAUUGCGCCAGGAGUGCCUGGAGGAGCUCACGCAGAUUGCAGUGCGUGUACGCCAGAGCCUUCUGGCAGUCGACGAAGACCACAUCCAAGGCGCUCUUUCCCAUCUCCACUCGCAGACCAACUGGGCGGAUAUUGGAUUCCGAGGAGUUCCCAUUCCCUUGAGCAGCUUCAGAAACUUCGGUAUCUUCGACCUAGAUUUUGGAGAGAGUUUGGGUGCGCAGCCUCGAGAGUUCCAGCUCCAUUUGCCUGUCUUGGGGGGCAUGUGCUUUAUCCUUCCAAAGCGCCAGGAUGGUCUGGCAGGUAUCGAGCCGUGGGACUUGCACUUGACUCUGAAUCGUGAUGAUCAUUCCGUGGUAGCAACGGACCCGUUAUUUUGCUGGGCUACAGAAGGGCAAUCACAGGAGUAA